UUGACUACAUAAUUUGAGCUGUUAUUCUUCCAUUUUUUGUCUAUCUAACCUUUAUAUUUGGUCUACUUUUCUUUCUUUUUUCUUGCUCUUUCGCUUUAUUUUUGAUUUUUGUGACUUCAAGUUGAAUAAACUGUAGUUGGUGCUCAUCAACUGCAUUUGGGAAAUUUUCGUCUUCCCCUUUUCUUUUCCCUCAUGGCAGCACGCUUCACGCUGGCGAGUGGUCUCACAACAAAACUGGAGGCAUGCUCGGCUUACCUCGCUUCAUUUUCUAAGCGGUCCUUAUCCUUGCUUCUACUGCUGACUGUGACUAUCACCGUCUGCUUCUUGUACUCAUCUCAUGCGCCAAAUUACCUUUCAAACACCCCCAACGGUUUCCUGUACGCACGUAAUGCCUCUCAUCUUUUAUCAUCUGGGACAUAUGAUUGUGCUCAGUGCAAAACUCCACCCAUUGAAAAAUAUACCGAGGAGCAAGUUUUUGAAGCAUGCCUGGAUCCCGGCGUUGUCCCUGAAUAUUAUCUGAGUGUUGUUUUUGUUACUCGCAAUGAUAACUAUGGCGACCAAGAAUACCAUCGAGUCCAGAAUGCCAUUGAUAGCACCUUCUUGUUAGCGGAAAACACCACGACGUUGAUCGAACUGCUAAUUAUUGAGUGGAAUCCUCCUGCAGGACGACGUUCUGUACGGGAUAUGUAUCACUUUCGUCGAUCAUCGUAUCUCACUUAUCGUAUUAUUACUGUCACUCCUCGCCUUCAUGACAAGGUUUCACGCAACGACCAUGCUUUAUAUGAAUACGAGGGUAAAAACAUGGGUAUUCGCUUCGCGAGAGGAGCAUUUGUUGUAUGCACCAAUCAAGAUGACAUUUGGUCUCCGAAUAUGCAUAAUGCCAUCGCUUCUCGUUCAUGGAGAAAAAAGAUGUUUUAUACGCAAUUUCAAGAUAGCCACAUUGAAUAUGAUUCAUUACCUUCUACACUCGUACAAAUACCCAGCUUUCCCAGCGAUGACAUCCUUCUCCGCGCUUGCGAGCAUGAUGCCUUUGAAGCAGGUGCCUUUGUAAUGCCUGAGCCCGUUACUGUCAAUACCAGCAACUUUUUGCAAAUUGGAAGGGAAGCGAGCGAUUUUACCUUGGCGCAUCGGGAUACCUGGAAAUUGACGGCUGGUUACCGCGAAAUGGGAGCCAAGACGUGGAUGGAUAUGGAACUGUUGCUGACAGCGGCCUGGUCGUUGGAUAUUCCCGUCACCUAUUCUGAGCAUCCAUUUACAUGCCAUCAGCAACAUCGGCCGGUAGCACAUCCAAAUACGGAAAACGAGAAUCAAGAUGUCUAUGUAGAUAGAAUGCAAACAAAGGAAGAACUACACAUGAAUGACGGAAAGAGUUGGGCCAUGCAGACAAUGGAUCUUUGGCGCGACGGUUUACGGUGUGAAGUUUUCCGUGGGGGACUGGGGAUCUAAUUCUAAAUAUUAUUUAUAAUACCGGCAAUUAAGUAAAAUGCAUCAAUGGACGCGGCUUGCGGUCCUGCAUACCGCAAUGAACUCAUAAACAAGCAUUAAAAGAAUCACCGUGACC